AUGGAGACACCUACUCGGAGACAGCCAAAUAGGACAGGACAGCAGCUUCCAACGAAUCGCCAAAACCUGCCACCGGUGGCCUUCGCUUUCGGAAAAUGUCUCAAGAACCACGCAGCCAGCACAGGUGGCUAUGCUUUGGAUGGUUGCGGGGAGUUUAUGGCAACACCCAACUCUACUCCGACUGACCUCACCGCCCUAAAAUGCCAUGCCUGUGGCUGCCACCGCAACUUCCACCACCGUGAAGUUAACCAACUCCAAUCACGCAUGGAACGCAUCAUCGAGUGCCCAUACCAACCCCAACAGUACCAUCUCCACCCUCCAACACCACCACCACCUUCCCGCCUCGUCGCUAUUGCAAAUAACACUCGCGGCACUCUGGAUUCCCUAUCACCGCCACCAAUUCCAUCAUCCUACUGUCCAGCACCACCCCACAUGUUCUUUGCCUUCAACCCAGGCUUCUCAGCACCACAACCGGUGGACAAAAACCGCCCGUCGAUCAUCACGACUGGAUCAAACCGCCGCCGCAAAAAACGAUUUAGAUCAAAGUUCUCAGAAGAGCAAAAGGCAAAGAUGCAAGAAUUCGCAGAAAGAAUCGGAUGGAAGAUGCUGAAGAGUGAGGAAGAGACGAUUGUGGGAUUCUGCAACCAAAUUGGAGUCGAUAAAGGCGUUUUCAAGGUGUGGAUGCACAACCACAAAAACAUCAUUGUUAGAGACAACCACCACCAGAACCGCCGUGACGACGGCGCUAAUGGAUCAUCUUCGUCUUCCUAG